GUGGUUUAUGUGCUCCCAUAUCAGAACGAGAAAGAGGAUCCACCCUCACGGUACCCUCUGCUCAUUUAUAUUUCGUGGGAGGGUGUAAAACAAGAAUUAUGACGUCAUUACGAGGGGUUUUAUGAAACAUUUGCAGAAAAUCUGGGGCGGAAAUGUUUUUGAGGGAGUGCCCUAAACAAGUUUCUGGCGGUGGCAGUGAAGAGAGAGGGACUUUUGAGAUAUUGUUAGGUUUUGACGAGGACAGUUGGAGUUAACUGGCUGGAUGUGGUGGUUGUGGUGAGUGGGUGCGUUUGUGUAGCAGAACACGGUUAAGUGACAAACAUACAAGCCUCAGUGAGUGCACACAAGUGCGAUGCCUUUGGGAGCUAUAGCCGAGUGUCUUGACAACUGAUGAAAAAUUUGGAAGGGCCUGUUUGUUCGUAAUUAGUAAGGUUCGCGAAAUUGAGUUAAAUGCCACACGAAUCUCUAAAAUUAAUAACAAAAAUUUUUACUUUAGUCUAUAUUGAAACGGCUUGAAUCUCAAAUCCUGCGGACAAAUGUAUUUGUAUAAAUAAAACAGACGUUAAAAAAUUCCUGAGGAAAUUCCUACUCUAUUUCAUUACUUCUGGACUGAUGAUAACGGCUCAAAUUCUUCCGAAGAGAAUAAAGCACACUCACUUUAAGUUAUCUUAAAUCUAACUUAAGUUACUUUAAAACAAUACUGAGAGGAAGAGACAUUCAAUACAUUUCAACAUAAGCUACGUUUCCCUAAGCGGCACCGAAGUACAGGCAGGAAGUGUCGGUGGCUCCGAGAGGAGAGGGACUUUGCUGUUGACCAGGAUGAGUGUGUUAGGGGGUUACAACGGCACAACGGCGCCUGCAACAUCCGGACAACAUCAUCCAACAUCACUACACCACCCAGUCUCAUUGCACAGUCAAGAUUCGUUCUACCACCACCAGGCUGCGGCAGCAGCUGCAUUUUAUCACCAUCAGACCCCACAUCAUCAUCACUAUCUUCACCACUUGCACCAGCACCAAGGCAGCAACGUCGCGCCGGGUAUGGACGCCAGUUUUUGGGGCGUCGGUAACUCUCCGUCCGUUGCAGCCAACUCGUCCACCAGUCACCACACAACCCCCUGCAGCAGUUCAUCUUCAGGUCCCGGAACCCCGACGGGGUCAAGAGGGGAUGAGUCCCCCAGUUACGACGAUGACCCCUUGAAUCAGCACGAAUUCGAACACCAUCAUUUACAUCACCACCAUCACCAGCAAGACGGACUCAACCCCCUUGAAGACGCCAACACACCCCCAACAAAUGGGCACCCCCCGGUCAUCAUAACGCAUUAUCCCGGUAGCAGAACAGACAACGGAGUCCCCAGCCAGGAGUACUGUACCACUUCGACGUAUUACACCACAGGGAACGGCGUUCCUGUGAGAGUGGUCAAGAGACGCAACUGCGCCAACAAGAAGGAACGCAAGAGGACCCAGAGCAUCAACAACGCGUUCGCCGACUUGCGGGAUUGCAUCCCUAAUGUUCCCGCUGACACGAAACUUUCGAAAAUAAAGACAUUGAGGUUAGCCACUUCGUACAUCGGCUACCUCAUGGGGGUGCUGGAAAGUGACGACCCAGGCGCAUGUGACACUGGCUUCAGAGCCGAGUUGGUGCACACAGGAAGUGGCAGAAGGGCCAGUACGGGAUCUGCGGACUAUAUCUUGGCCGCGAAUCGAGGGACUCUAAGUGGACAGGAUAGGAGAUCGACAGGAGACUUGGGAAGCAGCAGUGUGGUGGGGGCGGAAUGUGAGGGCCACAGAAAGGGGAAAGGAAGGACGGGCUGGCCACAGCAUGUCUGGGCUCUGGAGCUCAAGCAGGAACAGCUAUAGCACACGACACCAUCAUCACUAUGUUAAAUAAUUUAUUAUUCAAACGACAGGCUAAAAUAUACUGUAGUGUUAGUUAAGCAUACCCAAGCACUCACUGUAUACACAACUGGUCAACACAAGUCAAAAUUUGGCUCCUGGCGGCAAAUAUUUAAAUAUAAGUGAGAAGAAAAUGAUUAUCAUGCUUAAAACCGUGGAAUUUCUUAAGAUGUGGCCAGAAUAGCGAGAAUAUGAAGUGCUGGGUUGAAAUGAUUUUGUUAUAAUUUCAUAAUUACGAAAGUGUUGUAGUGUCAAUAUUGUAGGAGGCAUAUGGAACUAUGACGUCUCGGUGCAAUUUCUGUUCACACCAUGCUGAAUAACCCCCCCCCCCCCAAUGAAAAUUUCACAACCUUCAAAUAUAUGGGGACGACGCUAAAAUAUUGAAAUUUGACUCAUGAAGAGAAUAAAAGGAAAUAAAAUUCGGGGAAUGUCUGCUGUCGUUGAGUUCAAAUUAUUUUGUCUUCUAACCUGAUAUUUUAAAAAUUAUGAUUAAGCCAUAAAAACUAUAAUUUUCCCGAAGUUUUCUAUGGGUGUGAAUCAUGGUUUUUCACAAUAUAAACUGGCGGUAUUUCAGAAGAGGGUACUGAGGAAAUUAUUACACAUAAAAGGGAUGAUAUAAGGGAACGUUGGAGUAAAAUACAUAAUGAGGAGCUUUACACCUCCUACUCCUCGCCAGAUAUUAUUAGAAUAAUCAGAUCAACAAAGAUGAGAUAGGCGGGGCAUGUGGCUGGCAUGGAAAAGAAAAUAAUUACACAGGCUAUUUCGGUAGGAAAACUGAAGGAAAUAGACCACUUGGAAAUGUAGUAGUAGGUGGAGAAAAAUACAGAAUGUUCACAAGAAAACGAAACCUUGUAAUGCCGUAGAUAGGCCGGCUACUUAUCCGGUUUACCCCUCGUACAUCCCGCUAGUUCUAGUCACUCGGUUCCAGAAGAGAUACGCACGAAGUUGUCUUCAGAACAACUGUUAAAUACCCGUCUUCAUUCUGUGGCUUGAAACACUCAAUUCAAGUAGCACACAAAACCGAAAUGUAAAAUGAGAAGGAAACACCAAAUGUUACAGAAAAUGUUCAAACUGGUUGAGUAGCAUGUAAACUGUGCGUUUGGUAUUAAGAAAACUCAAGUGAUUGAUAUUACAACAAAAGCUUACACUAGAUAUUCAGCACUAACAAGUGUUAACAAUGGUUAGUUCGCAACUGGGCCCUAUUAGCAAAUAAACUAGACUUCUUGAAGAACCACGAUGGGAUGCAAAAUUUACUAUUAAACAUACCUUACUUCUACUUCUUUUGGCUUAUUUUGGACUUCAUCCAUCGUCUGGUAUAAAAGACAAAAGACCAUGCAUUAUCUCCAGUUUUUACAAUCGUUUUUAACUGAAUUCAUGGAAUUUAACCUAUACUUCUGUUUUUUUACAUUGUUGACAUGUGCAUGCUUGGCACA